GAAACGCGCAAAACCGCUUCAACCACAACACACUCUUUGAAAUGGCAUUUUCACUAGCCAAUGCACCUCUAAGGACCUGUCUGCGACAACUGGUGCGCUCAAAGGGACCAGCUCCUCUCCGCUCGAUAGCCGCCAGUCCUCGCGCAUUCAGCACAUCUCAUGUGCUUCUCAAGAAGCGCAAGAUCUCGGCACCUGCCAACAGCCCCAAUACUGCCACUGCAAAGGCGGCUGCGGGGUCUAUGAACAAGGCCGAAUAUGACACGGCAAAGGUGCCUGCGCCCGACCCAGAGGAUCCUCUCGACUUUACAGCUGUUAUUGCUGCGUACGCACCCAUCGAUGCGCAUUUCAAGACUCAACUUGCGGGUAUGAUUCACGGUGGUCGCUUCAACCCAACAAACUUGGGUUCACUGCCAGUGACUAUCAAGGAUGAGGAGGGCGCCGACGCUACAUUUCCCCUCCGAGAGCUCGCGCAGGUUGUUCCUCGAUCUGGCCGAGCUAUUUCGCUACUGGUCAACGACAAGGAAUACAUCAAGCCCAUCAUGUCAGCAGUACAAUCGAGUCGGGAAUUUAACCAGCAGCCUCAGCGAUCCGAGGACAAUGAGCUUGAACUUCUUCUCAAGGUGGAGCUGGAGCGCAAGGACGACGUUGAGCGACGAGUCAAGGAGGCUGUUCAGCAGUGGAAGGACCGCAUCCGCAAUGCUCGAUCACGACACGAAAAGACGCUAAAGGACUGGAAGAAGAACGGCACUGUUCUCCCUGACAUCGUCAAGAAGGCUGAGAAGGAGCUGCAAAAGGUGCAGGACAAGAAGAUGAAGGAGAUUGACCAGGAAGAGGCACAGACGAUUCGUCAACUAUAGACAGACUGGCAAUUGUAGGAUAGAUGCAGAAUAUUUGUAGUAUUACAUAUCGUGACAAGUGUACACUGAUCCUAAGAUCUAAUACGGAUUUCUUUUAAGCCUUCGCCUGUCCACCCUUUCCACCAGCGCCCUUCUUAUCCAGAAGAGACGUCAACUUUGUCUGGAACGAGUUGACGUCGUGGGUAGUGUACGUCUCAGAUCGGAGAUGCCAUGAGCGGGACACUCCAACGGGGUCUGAUGCGAACUUGGGUGUCUCGUGCUGGCCCUGGACAGCUCGCUGUGUAAUGACCUGACGGAUGGCCUCCUCGGCUUCGGCAACGAUAGGGCCCUUAAGCUCCUUGCCUUCGGCUCUGGCCCUUCCUUGGAGGUACUGCUCGGCGGCAUUCUUGGCAUCGGCAUCGGCGAAGAAGCGAAUACCGCCGGCCUCGGUCUCGGAGGCGUAGUAUUUGGGCUGGAAGGGUUCUGGAGCACCGACGUGGUCUGCUGUGCCGAGAACGCUGAGGUUCUGCAUAACAGCAGCUGACUUUCCAGCAGCAGUGCCUGGUGCGACAGGGGCAAAUUGGUUGACGGACUCGAGUGUGAAGGAUGGUGUGUACUCGGAGCGCAUGCCGAAUCGAAUGCUAUCGUCGAAAGACUUCUCAUCGGGAUCCAUGUUGUUGAAUUCAUUUCGGUCCUUGUUUCUAUCCUUGUCGUCAUCAUCCCUUCGUCGAUCACCUUUGCCUCCUCCUCGACCUCGACCACGACCACGACCUCCACGUCCACCGCGGCCUCUGGCGCCAAAGCCGCCUCCGCCUCGACCUCUUGUCAUAGGCUGGCCAGUUCGCAUAGGCGAGGAUGGGCGAUCCUGGGCUGAAGAUCCUCCCCUACCCGCAAAUCCGCCUCGUCCACGGAAACUACCACGACCCCUUAGACCUCCUCUGCCACGCAGGGGCAGACUCUUUAUGUCGAUGACCUUGGGACCACCAGCCUGAGCGGGACGGGCAGCCGGCCUCGGGGUGCUGGGACCAUCGGCGGCCUGAGUCUGUGAAGUCGAGAAUUGGCGGGCGUAGUUUCGGAGAGCAUCCGAGGCCUGCUCGAGCUCUGGCCUUGUCCGGCUGCACACCGAACGGAAGGCGUGGCGUUGCAUAUUGGCGGUGGUUG